AAACAGUAAACAAAAGUCCGCAGACGACAUCACACAGUCACAACGCGAAACGUACGCAAACGGAACGAAACUGAAAAAGUCUCUUUUGUACGGUACUAUCCGCGGUUCAGUCAGAGAGUGGAGAAGUGGAUUUUGCAGCUUGGGUGAUUAAUCUUUCAGCUCUUGUGCUCUGUACGUAUAGGUUGGUACCUGCCUGCGAACAGGUUCAGCUGGUGCCCUCUAGUAGAGCUACACGGUUCGGUCGUCGUCUUCGUUGUGUCGGUAAUAUUCUUUCUCGCGUUCGUACACGCCUUCUGGAAGUGGAAGUGCCAUUCGAUUCGACUGGUUAGAAGACGGCGGAUAACUAGUGUGAAAAAGUGUGAAUUUGACGUAGCUUUUGUGUGUUUUGCAUUCUUGUCGAACUGUUCUGCGAUUUGCAGUUUUCCUCAUAUUUUCAGUGCUAAAAGUCGCUUUCUAGUGUCCAGUUAUUUCGGUGGGGAGGGGGAUUGGCUUUGAGUGCUUCCGGACGUGACAAGAUGCGUCAUUGUUUUGGGUUCUGAUUCUGGAUACGACGUAGAACCGGAUUUGGCAAGUGAAAAGGCUAAUAAGCACGAGGAACGGUCCUUGAGAGUUCGAGGGUGGAAUCAGGCAGAUUUUUUUUUCUGCUGGCGACGAGAAAAGUGAUUGAGUAAUUUUCUGUGCAAUCCUCCGAUACGGGAACGAAGUGAAUACCGAAGAAAAAGAUAAUCACACAUGUAAAUACAAGCUUGGGCUGGUUGCCUCGAACCGAUACUCCUCCGGUGAUGAGAUCGCAGUUUAGCAACUUCAACGCAUCGCUCAUCAUGCCCAGCGGAAGUUCCGCCUCUUCGUCGUCGGCGUCGAUUCCAACGCGGCCUCCCCGGCGCAGGGCUCAAUCCGUGGGCAAUUCGGGAUACGGCUCGUCGCUGGCGUUGGCCUCUUCUACCCCGAGGGGUUCCUUGUUCAAUGCGAACGACGAAGAUACCAGUUUGAUUCGGAUCAAAGUGGUGGCCGCUCACUCGCUGACCAAGAAGGACAUCUUCGGCAACAGUGAUCCGUACGUGAAGGUGGACGUCAAUACGAUAGUCGGCGAUGUCAACAUUGAUUCUAUGGUCACCAAGACCAAAAGGAAGACACUGAAUCCGACGUGGAACGAAGAAUUCAUCUUCCGAGUGAAGCCAAACGAGCACAAGCUGGUCUUUCAGGUGUACGACGAAAACCGACUAACGCGCGAUGGCUUCCUGGGCAUGGUCGAGCUAACGUUGAUUAACCUUCCCCGGGAGCAGGAAGGUCGGGCCAUUGCUACCAAAAACUAUCCGCUUCGGCCGAAGAAGAUCACCGGCAUGCUGCGGUCGAAGAUUCGCGGUUCGUUGGACAUCUACCAUGCGGUGAUGCGCGAUCAAGACGGUGCCGAUCAGAACGCAUGGUCCCUGGCCGAUCAACCUUCCCCGGCAGCGCUCCGCUCGGCUCAGGCGACAUCGUCCAACGGGGAUGCGUUGCCACCGGGCUGGGAGGAGAGGCAGGACGCGAUUGGGCGCACCUACUACGUGAAUCACAUUGCCCGGACGACGCAGUGGGAACGACCAACGGCAGUGCCCACGCAGCACGGUAACAACGAAUCGGCGGCGGCAUUCCAGCGUAGAUUUCACAUCAGUAACGAUCCCAGCGACAGCUCGGGUGCCGGGGGCGGCAGUGCCAACAAUAGCAACUUGGAUAACCUGAGUAUCACUUCAGAAAACAAUGCUAAUGUCCGGUUGGAUCGAUCGUUGAGUGGAUCCGUUACCUCCCUGAAUACCACUGGCGGCAGUGCCACGAACAACAACAGCAGAAAUGGUCUAUCCCCGUCGCCAUCGUCCUCGUCGCUAUCGAGCGGUAGUAGACCAAUCCGACCUGCCCCAUUGCCACCGACAGCAGGCGAUACCCCGACCAGUGGCAGACGUCUAGCUCCACAGCCUCCAGUACCUGCACCCAGAAGUUCGCUGGAAAACGGACGACACUCGCCGGAAGACAACAAUGCCAGCGACAGGGUCAACAACAACAGCAAUGAUAGCAGCUCGUUACUUAACGAUACCGGAGGCAGCAGUAGGGAGACAACUGACGGACCCUCGAGUCUAUCCGGUCCAACAGCUCCCGCCGGGCAACCCCCGCUGCCCAGUUCGGAAGGCCUGCCACCUGGUUGGACCAUGCAGUAUGCAGCUAACGGGCGAUUGUUCUUCAUCGAUCACAUCAACAAGAAAACCUCUUGGGUGGAUCCACGGACCGGGGUGGCAAGCAUUAUACCAAACGCGGCGGCCAACGGUGGCGGCCAAGCGGGUGGCGCGGCGGGCGCUGGUGGGGCCAAUGCUAACGCACGGCACCUGGACGACGAACUGGGACCGCUGCCCGAGGGAUGGGAGGAACGGGUACACAACGACGGACGCACUUUCUUCAUCGAUCACAAUACCCGAACGACCCAGUGGGACGAUCCGCGGUUGUCCAAUCCAAAGAUUGCCGGCCAGGCGGUGCCUUACUCGAGAGACUACAAGCAGAAGUACGAGUACCUCAAGAGCCAGCUGAAGAAACCGGCCAACGUACCGAACAAAAUCGACAUCAAGGUGCGGCGGGCAUCCAUUCUGGAGGAUUCCUACCGAAUAAUCAACUCGGUGACCAAGGUGGAACUGCUCAAAACCAAACUGUGGGUGGAAUUCGAAAGCGAGGCCGGCCUCGACUACGGUGGACUUGCCCGGGAGUGGUUUUAUCUGCUGUCGAAGGAGAUGUUCAAUCCCUACUACGGGCUGUUCGAGUACUCGGCCAUGGACAACUACACGCUGCAGAUCAACCCGUACAGCGGGUUGUGCAACGAGGAGCAUUUGAACUAUUUCAAAUUCAUUGGACGAAUAGCGGGCAUGGCCGUGUAUCAUGGGAAACUGCUGGAUGCGUUCUUCAUUCGACCGUUCUACAAAAUGAUGCUGCAGAAGCAAAUUGAUCUGAAAGAUAUGGAGUCCGUCGAUACGGAGUAUUACAAUUCUUUGCUGUACAUUAAGGAAAACGACCCGUCGGAGCUGAUGUUGACGUUCAGCGUCGACGAGGAGAGUUUUGGUACCACUAGUCAGCGGGAUCUGAAGCCAAAUGGGGCCAACAUCGAGGUCACCAACGAUAACAAGGACGAGUACAUUAAACUAGUGAUCGACUGGAGGUUCGUGGCCAGGGUGAAGAGCCAGAUGCAUGCAUUUUUGGAGGGAUUCGGAUCGUUGGUGCCACUGCAUUUGCUGAAGAUCUUCGAUGAGAACGAACUGGAACUGCUGAUGUGUGGUAUCCAGAGCAUCGAUGUGAGUGACUGGAAGAAGAAUACGCUCUACAAGGGCGAUUACUAUGCGAAUCACGUGGUGGUGCAGUGGUUCUGGCGAGCGGUUCUGUCGUUCAACAACGAGAUGCGAUCCCGGCUGUUGCAGUUCGUGACGGGAACUUCGAGGGUGCCGAUGAAUGGCUUUAAGGAACUGUACGGCUCCAAUGGUCCACAGAUGUUCACUAUUGAGAAGUGGGGUACGACCGACAAUUUCCCGCGGGCCCAUACUUGCUUCAACCGAUUGGACCUCCCGCCUUACGAGAGUUACUCGCAUCUGAAAGACAAGCUGGUAAAAGCCAUCGAGGGUAGUCAAGGUUUCGCCGGAGUAGACUAGAGUCUGAAUCCUGAAUUCACGCCACUGAUUACAAUACUACAUUCCCCCGCAAAAACAGUAGUCGAACGCAAGCAAGCAAGCACACACAAUUUGCAACACUAGAAGCGAAUUUUCUCGGGAAGAGAAACGAGUCGUUCUUAAAUUAUAUCUAGUUGUUAACGAUUAUGUACAGAAGCGCGAGCAGAUAUGAAGUGCAAGCACUCUCGAUUAGGACAAGGGAAACAAUUUUUCAGCGUAAGGAAAUGCUACAGGAAGUCUGCCAUAAUAUGUAACCGACCGAUAAUGCGAGUCUCCUCGUUCCAAUGAUUCACAAACACAUACACGAACACUUACAAUUAAACACACGCACUAGGAAGUUAUUCCCACACUCAAGUUUUACUAGGAAUGUUUUAAAAGGAAUUUAAAUCCGGCUAUAGAACCACGGAGAGCAGGAGAGAGUGAGUGCCUUGCCGCUAUCGAGAUAAGACGAAAGUUUAUGCGAAGCAAAAUGCAAAAUUUUUAACUCAUUGGCACAAGAAAGGUAUAGAAAGUGGGGCACAUAUUUACAAUGAAAUUGGCGUUGUCCAGUGAAGGGAUUACAUUUGGCGGGAUUAGUUUUUUUUUUGUUUCGCAGAGGGUAUGCGCACAAGGGAAGUGAUUAUUUAGAGCUGGUCAACCGACGAUAGUUCAAUGAAUUAUAUUGUUGAAAUCGGAAUGAUGUAUGUAUGUAUGUAUGAUUAUUUAAUUUAUAGUGAACAUAACUAUCAAGA